AGACAGGCACUGGCCUCAGACCUGGGCCACACUGAGGUCUGCCCUUCUGCUGGCCGCUGCCCGGGACACCAUGAGCCAGUCCGGGGCUGUGAGCUGCUGCCCGGGUGCCACCAAUGGCAGCCUGGGCCGGUCCGACAGUGUGGCCAGGAUGAGCCCCAAGGACCUGUUUGAGCAGAGGAAGAAGUAUUCCAACUCCAACGUCAUCAUGCACGAGACCUCGCAGUACCACGUCCAGCACCUGGCCACAUUCAUCAUGGACAAGAGCGAAGCCAUCACGUCUGUGGAGGACGCCAUCCGGAAGCUGGUGCAGCUGAGCUCCAAGGAGAAGAUCUGGACCCAGGAGAUGCUCCUGCAGGUGAACGACCAGUCACUGCGGCUGCUGGACAUCGAGUCUCAGGAGGAGCUGGAAAACUUCCCGCUGCCCACCGUGCAGCGCAGCCAGACGGUGCUGAACCAGCUGCGCUACCCAUCCGUGCUGCUGCUUGUGUGCCAGGACUCGGAGCAGAGCAAGCCCGACAUCCACUUCUUCCACUGCGACGAGGUGGAGGCAGAGCUGGUGCACGAGGACAUCGAGAGCGCGUUGGCCGACUGCCGGCUGGGCAAGAAGAUGCGGCCGCAGACCCUGAAGGGACACCAGGAGAAGAUUCGGCAGCGGCAGUCCAUCCUGCCCCCUCCCCAGGGCCCGGCGCCCAUCCCCUUCCAGCACCACAGCGGGGACUCCCCGCAGGCCAAGAAUCGCGUGGGCCCGCAGGUGCCACUCAGUGAGCCAGGUUUCCGCCGUCGGGAGUCGCAGGAGGAGGAGCCGCGGGCUGUGCUGGCUCAGAAGAUAGAGAAGGAGACGCAAAUCCUCAACUGCGCCCUGGACGACAUUGAGUGGUUUGUGGCUCGGCUACAGAAGGCGGCCGAGGCUUUCAAGCAGCUGAACCAGCGGAAGAAGGGAAAGAAGAAGGGCAAGAAGGGGCCAGCAGAGGGCGUCCUCACGCUGCGGGCACGGCCCCCCUCUGAGGGUGAGUUCGUCGACUGCUUCCAGAAAAUCAAGCUGGCGAUUAACUUGCUGGCAAAGCUGCAGAAGCACAUCCAGAACCCCAGCGCCGCGGAGCUCGUGCACUUCCUCUUCGGGCCUCUGGACCUGAUCGUCAACACCUGCGGUGGCCCAGACAUCGCACGCUCUGUCUCCUGCCCGCUGCUCUCCCGGGACGCCGUGGACUUCCUGCACGGCCACCUGGUCCCUAAGGAGAUGUCGCUGUGGGAGUCGCUAGGAGAGAGCUGGAUGCGGCCCCGCUCCGAGUGGCCGCAGGAGCCGCAGGUGCCCCUGUACGUGCCCAAGUUCCACAGUGGCUGGGAGCCCCCCGUGGAUGUGCUGCAGGAGGCCCCCUGGGAGGUGGAGGGGCUGGCAUCUGCCCCCAUCGAGGUGAGUCCAGUGAGCCGACAGUCCAUACGAAACUCCCAGAAGCACAGCCCCGCUUCAGAGCCCACCCCCCCGGGGGAUGCCCUACCACCAGUCGGCUCCCCACAUACUCACAGGGGCUACCAGCCAACACCAGCCAUGGCCAAGUACGUCAAGAUCCUGUAUGACUUCACAGCCCGAAACGCCAACGAACUAUCAGUGCUCAAGGAUGAGGUCCUAGAGGUGCUGGAGGACGGCCGGCAGUGGUGGAAGCUGCGCAGCCGCAGCGGCCAGGCGGGGUACGUGCCCUGCAAUAUCCUGGGCGAGGCGCGGCCCGAAGACGCCGGCGCCCCCUUCGAGCAGGUCGGUCAGAAGUACUGGGGCCCCGCCAGCCCGACCCACAAGUUGCCCCCAAGCUUCCCGGGGAACAAAGACGAGCUCAUCCAGCACAUGGACGAGGUCAACGACGAGCUCAUCCGGAAAAUCAGCAACAUCAAGACGCAGCCACAGCGGCACUUCCGCGUGGAGCGCAGCCAGCCCGUGAGCCAGCCGCUCACCUACGAGUCGGGUCCCGAAGAGGUCCGCGCCUGGCUGGAAGCCAAAGCCUUCAGCGCGCGGAUCGUGGAGAACCUGGGAAUCCUGACUGGGCCGCAGCUCUUCUCCCUCAACAAGGAGGAGCUGAAGAAGGUGUGCGGGGAGGAGGGCGUCCGCGUGUACAGCCAGCUCACCGUGCAGAAGGCCUUCCUGGAGAAGCAGCAAAGUGGGUCGGAGCUGGAAGAACUCAUGAACAAGUUUCAUUCCAUGAAUCAGAGAAGGGGGGAGGACAGCUAGGCCCGGCUGCCGCGGGCGGGGGCCUGCGGAGGGGAAGCCCACCCCCAAUGCAUGGAGUAUUAUUUUUAUAUGUGUAUGUAUUUUGUACCAAGGACGCGGAGGGGGUGCGGUGCUGGCUAGGGGUCCCUGCCUCUGUCUGGAGGCACAAGGCCCAUCUUUAGGAUCACCAGUACCCAAGGCCCCAGCCCACACCAAGACCAGUCUCAGCCAAACCUGCCCCCUGGUGGUGCCAGCCCCUUGUCCGCCUUCCCCUGAGGCCACAGAACUCCCUGGGGCUGGGGCCUCUUUCUCUGGCCUCCCCUGUGCACCUGGGGGGUCCUGGCCCCCAUGAUGCUCCCCUAUCCUCACCCACUUCUACAUCCAUCCACACCCCAGGGUGGGCUGGAGCUCUAGGCUGGCUGGGCUGAGCCCCGCACACACGCAGGGUUCUGCUACCUGAGUGGGGCCUGGGAGGGGCUGCAGCAGGAGGCUGUGGCGCAGUGGGGGAAAGUGGGGGAAUGACACACGCUUCACCUGCGAGGGCGAGGAUGCAGCGGACACCGCGCAGGCUUCAGACACCCCCCAGCGCCCACCCUCACAGGCCCAGGUGUGGGGCUUUCUCUGACCAAGUUUCAGGCCAAUGAUCUCCGCAUGCUGUUGGGGGUGCUGGUGUGUCUUGGUGCCUGGACUUGAGUCUCACCCAAGAGAUAAGAGGUGGCCCAGGCACCAGGGCGAAACAAUUAAACCAGUUAAGUCUCCCAGGA